AGCCGCUGGCGCCCCGCGGCGAGCACCCCGCGCCCGGACUCGCCGCCGCCCGCCGCUCUCUCGUGCCGACAGCCAGGCGCGCGCGUCUCGGUCCCCGCCUGGUAGCACCGCUGAAGAUGGCGAGCGCGGCGCCCCAGGAGAACGCCGAGGAAGGAUGCCCGGCUCCGGCUGCCGGGGAGCUGGCACUACAGCGGCCGCCGCCCCAGGCUCCCCUGGAAGAGGAGGCGCAGGAGGAAGCCCCAGAGGAAGGCGCGGCGGCAGCCGGCGCGGGGCCGCAGGUGGAGGAGGCCGCGGGCCGGGUGCCCGCCGCGGUGACCUGGCUGCUCGGGGAGCCGGUGCUGUGGCUGGGCUGCUGCGCCGAGGAGCUCCUGAGCUGGAAGAGGCCGCUGCGCAGCCUGCUSGGCUUCGUGGGUGCCAACUUGCUGUUCUGGUUCCUUGCAUUGACUCCAUGGAGAGUAUAUCAUCUGAUUUCGGUCAUGAUCCUUGGGCGUGUUAUUAUGCAAAUAAUAAAGGAUAUGGUUUUGUCUAGAACAAGAGGUGCACAGUUGUGGAGAAGCCUCAGUGAAAGCUGGGAAGUCAUCAAUUCCAAACCGGAUGAAAGACCCAGACUCAGCCACUGUAUUGCAGAAUCAUGGAUGAAUUUCAGCAUAUUUCUUCAAGAAAUGUCUCUUUUUAAACAGCAGAGCCCUGGAAAGUUUUGUCUCCUGGUCUGCAGUGUGUGCACAUUUUUUACAAUCUUGGGAAGUUACAUUCCUGGGGUUAUACUCAGCUAUCUACUGUUACUGUUUGCGUUUUUGUGUCCACUGUUUAAAUGUAAUGAUAUUGGACAAAAAAUCUACAGCAAAAUCAAGUCAGUUCUGUUGAAACUAGAUUUUGGAAUUGGAGAAUAUAUUAAUCAGAAGAAACGAGAGAGAUCUGAAGCAGAAAAAGAAAAAAGUCACAAAGAUGACAGUGAAUUAGACUUUUCAGCUCUUUGUCCUAAGAUUAGCCUCACGGUUGCUGCCAAAGAGUUAUCUGUGUCUGACACAGAUGUCUCAGAAGUAUCCUGGACUGAUAAUGGGACCUUCAACCUUUCUGAAGGUUAUACUCCACAGACAGACACUUCUGACGAUCUUGACCGGCCUAGCGAGGAAGUUUUCUCUCGAGAUCUUUCAGAUUUUCCAUCUCUAGAAAAUGGCACGGGAACAAAUGAUGAAGAUGAAUUAAGCCUUGGCUUGCCCACUGAGCUCAAGAGAAAAAAGGAACAUCCGGAAAGUGGUCACAGACCAAGCAAAGAGAGACAAUCAGCAGCUGGUCUCACCCUUCCUCUGAACAAUGACCAAACUUUCCACUUGAUGAGCAACCUGGCUGGGAAUGUCAUCACAGCUGCAGUGACUGCUGCUAUUAAAGACCAGCUAGAGAGUGCUCAGCAAGUACUUGCUCAAGCUGCACCCAGCCCAGGGGAGGACACAGACACUGAAGAAGGUGAUGACUUUGAAUUACUUGACCAGUCAGAGCUGGAUCAAAUUGAGAAUGAAUUGGGACUUACACAAGACCAGGAAGCAGAUGCACAGCAAAGUAAGAAGUCUUCAGGCUUCCUUUCAAAUUUCCUUGGAGGCCAUUAAUCUGGGAAUCAGCCUGCAGCAGCACAGAUAAACCACCAAAAAAUUUCAAACAAGA